CUAGAUAGUAAUCACAUUGCCGAGACUUAGACACCUCUAUCCGGGCAUAUCGUAUAUCGCCUGGAGCUUUUCGGUCCCUUCAUUGAUGUCCACAGUCAAUUUCGUCUUCUUUCUCCGACAUCGCGUGCCCAGCAACAAAGCGACUUGAAUAACGUGGGGCGUUACAAAGGGUAUCGACAUCACUUAUAACGUACUUGACAAUCGGAUACGACAAAGGAGUGUAUCUAGGGCAGUAAGACUUCGGAAGGUUCUAUAAAAUACCGGCAGAUCCAUUAGAUAUGGGCUCAGGAGAUCAGAAAGCCGCGUGUUUGACGCUGCUGCAUCCGAAUUCAGCGCAGGCAAAGGACAAGGUUCUGCACACGUUGGUCUCCAAAGCCUCGUUCUUUCGACUUGCCGAAGCCGAAUGCCUCACUUACACAUACUUCACACCAGCAACUCGCAAGGGAGCCAACCUGGGUAUGGUGCCUUCCUCCGAGAAAGACACCAUGAUCGGCGUGAUGCAGAUCUUCACGAGCCCCAAGGCUGUCGCCGAAGCAGAGCAAUACUUCAAGCUGUCGGAAGUUGCCGCCAACGCUGAAGACCGGACCAAGUGGUAUCCCAGUGCCGGGUUUGUGGCAAGGAAGGGAGAGGAGGAGGCACCCAAGGCCAAGAUAGUCAUGCUCGCCAAGUUCAUCUGCAAGGAAGGCCAGGGCAUGAGGGAGAAGUUGGUUGACGUUCUUGGCAAAUUCUGUGACUGGGUCGAAGAGAACGAGCCCACGACUCUGACAUACUGCGUUAUGACGCGUCCCGAGGCACCCAAUGAAGUACUCAUGUUCGAGCGAUACAAGGACCUCCCGGCUCUCGGCGUACACGGGAAGUCGAAACAGUUCAAGGAUAUGUUUAAAGCAACAGGGCCCUUCGUGCAGGGCAGGAAGACGAUCUUGAGCGAGUGGGAGGAACUAGAUGGGUCGUUCGUGUCGAAUCGGCCUGGCGGUGCGGGUGUGCCUAAGGCCAAGCUCUGAAAUUGACCGAGUCGGCUAUUUAAGGAUGUACGUACCUGUGGACAUUUUCAAUCUGGCCAUGUUCUCGAAAGUGACAGCGCUGCGUUCCGAG